GCAAACUAAUCACACGAUACUUGGACGGUACCUGAGCAGACUAGUUGUUGGCCUACGAACCUCGCAUCUUCACAGCCAUGCCCAUCGAGAUACGGGCUGCCUUGGAGCACGACCUUAGGCGAUGUGCCGAGAUCGGGCAUCAGGCCUUCGCCAAAAACCCAUUUGCGAAGAUCAAGUUUCCUGGUUAUGUCCCGGACGAUGGAUUCCUGGGACUCCGAACGGGUGACCUGGCGAAGCAACUUCGAGAGGACCCGACCUGUCGAAUGUUCGUCGCAGUGGACACUGAGCGAAGAGGCAGCAAUGCGGUCGUCGGCUUUGCCAAAUGGAACGUAUACCCAAAUGGCAUGCCUUACGCAAAGUCAAACCCCGCCUCGUGGGGCCCGGGUGCCAACGUCGAAGCAUGCAAGAUGAUCUUCGCUGGAGUUGAAGCAAUGCGGAAUUUCUUGAUGGGAGGCAGGCCAUGCAUUUUAACCGACCCGCUGUACCAGCAGCGCGGCGUGGGGCAAAAUCUGAUGACCUUCGGCAUACAAGAAUCUCUUCACCUAGAGAUACCGGUCUAUCUCGAGGCGACAGAGGCCGGCCAUUCUCUAUAUUCGAAAAUUGGGUUUGAUGAUAUCGAGGUUCACCGGUCUGACCUAUCCAAGUUUGGAGAAUCUCGGCCUUAUAUGAUAUGGGCAAUGAUUCGGGAACCCUACUGUUGGUUCCCCUGAAGAGUUGAAAGCUAGUAUCGAGAAAAGCUUCCCAACACAUUCUGCACGGUGUUUUGUUAAACAAGCUGUACCCAUACAUUCUAAUUGCA